ACGUAAUAUAAAUUACCUGCAAAAUUGUUUAUAAUUGUAAAUAAACGGCAGUUAUUUACGUUGGAAAUUUAUGUUAAAUGUUCACACUCACGUUGAAUGCUGAUAAACAGUCAAUAACAGUCGAUAAUGUCAAAACUCGGACUAUCUUCAAGUCCACUUGACAUUUAUGAGAAUUUAUUCAGACCUCACGUUCUAUCCUUUUAUGACGGGUGUAUGCUCUCAUCUACGGGUGUAUUUCAUCAAUCGUAGGAGAUAAAUUAAUGACUCAGCUUGUUCUGUCGAUUUUCGCAUAAUCGAUUAUUCACCAUAAUUUAAUCCAUUUCUAAAUUUAUCCACUCCAGUUGCCAAUCGAUUAUUCCGAAGACUACUAUCAAUCAUGACUCUUUUAAAAAUUGCUCUGGUUGCUGGAGGACAAGUAUGUCUGAGAAGAUCUUAUGCUACAGGUUUAAAGCUCAUUGAAACUACACGAGACAAUGAUACAGGGAUCGAGAUUAUAUCUAUGGCAAGAAAACCUGUCAACGGUUUAAAUACACAGCUAUUAGAUGAAUUGAAGACAUCUUUAUUGGAGGCUCAAAACAGUCGCAGUAAAGGCAUUGUAUUAACGUCAUCUUUGCCAACAAUAUUUUCUGCAGGCUUAGAUAUCAUGGAAAUGUGUACAACAGAUAAGGAGAAACUUACACGUUUCUGGUCAACGUUACAAGACACUUGGUUGACUCUUUACAGUUUACCUAUACCGAUUGCUAGUGUCAUCAAUGGCUCCAGUCCAGCCGGAGGUUGUUUGCUAGCAAUGUCUACAGAAUAUAGAGUUAUGGUUGAAGGCAAGCACACUAUAGGAUUGAAUGAAACACAAUUGGGUAUCGUCGCGCCGAAAUGGUUCAGAGAUGUAUACAUUGGUAUGAUAGGUUAUCGACAAGCCGAGCUAGCACUUUUAAAAGGUUCGCUGUUUAAACCUGAGAAAGCAUUGCAGCUUGGACUUGUGGAUGAGCUUGCUAAAGAUAAAACGGAUGCAAUCGAAAAAUGCAAAAAUUACAUACUUUCUUAUAAAAAUAUACCAGGUAUAGGAAGAACCGCAACUAAAUUAGACAUGCGAGAAAACUUGAUUCAGUGGAUGAAAAAAAAUAAGGAGGCUGAUAUCAACAGAUUCGUGACUUUUACGCAAUUACCGAAAGUACAAGCUGGCCUCAAACAUUAUGUUGAACUUUUGAAACAGAAACAAUAGAUAUAUAAUAGAUAUAUCUUACAAUUAGUAAGAGACAAUUUCUAUUUUGCUCUUAGGACUAAUUUUACAACAUCUGGUUAAUCGGCUAAUUUUUCUAUUGGAAUUGACUAAUAUGACGUAUUUGUCAUUAAGUAGAGACCAGAAAAAACCAAUCGUGAUUGAUACUUAACAGAUUGAUUAAGUUAACCCGAGGUUGUGAAACUGGUCUUUGUACAAAGUUUUGUAAACUUUUAUAUAUGUAUAUUUUAUAUUAGAAUAUAUAUUUUCGUACUGUGUAUUGA